AUGAGCGUCCUGACUGCGCUCAUGUACUGUAUCUCCACUGUCUACAUGGGACUUUCCCUGUACGUCAACAUGAUCGGUUUUGUGGACGAAAGGGGUAUCCUCGACGUCGAAAUGACUAUUCUUGACCGCUCUGGGACGAGCGUCGGAUGGGUAGAAGACUGCCUGCAGCUGGUGAACUGCAUAAUCGGAGACGCUAUUGUUUGCUGGAGGACCUGGGUGUUGUACGGCAGAGAUUGGUGUAUCCUCAUCUUCCCCGUUUCAUGCAUCAUCGGGAGCAUUGUCUCUGCGUUUGGGUUUUGCGUAUCGCUAGCCAAGUUGGGCCCGGUAGAGAAUUUCUACACCGGAGGCACAUUUUUGUGGUUCUUGGUCUUUGGAGCGUGCACGUUCACCCCGAACUUUUACUCGGUAGUGAUGAUAUCUCUGAAAGCUCGAGCUCUAAGAAAAGCGAACAUCCACAUACUCGGGAGAUCCAAAUCGUGGAGCGCGCUCUUGAUCAUCAUCCAUCAGUAA